CAAAAGAGGAGAAUGCCUGGUGAUUGUUUAUUCUGUGCUUCUAUUUGGUUGGUCUAUCCACGAGUUGGAAGACUUUAUACAUUUCAUAGACAUAUUCCUUAUAGAAUAUUGAAUAGUGUAAAUAAACGGAAACCUCAAUCCAGACCCAAUAACCCAAAAUGGUAUUGUUCGUCAAGUGAUAAAGCAUUCGAUGUCAUUGUUGUGGGUGCAGGUCACGCGGGUUGCGAAGCAGCUUUAGCUUCUGCAAGGAUGGGAGCGAGGACACUAUUAAUGGGUCUCAAUUUGGAUAGGAUAGCUUGGCAACCUUGUAAUCCUGCAGUGGGAGGUCCUGCUAAAUCAACUUUGGUUCAUGAAGUAGAUGCGUUGGGUGGUUGGAUUGGGAAACUAGCGGAUAGGACGUAUUUACAAAGAAGAAUAUUGAACAGAAGUAAAGGUCCCGCUGUAUGGGCACUUCGAGCACAAACAGAUAAACGUGAAUAUUCAGAAAAGAUGAGACAAGUAUUAGAUGAAACAGAAAAUCUCGUUCUUCGUGAAGGAAUGGUUACGAAUAUUCUUACGGGUCCUAAUGGAGAAAUAAGAGGAAUAGAAACUUACUUUGGAGGUUCCUUUGUUGCCAAAGCAGUUGUUUUGACUACGGGCACUUUUCUUGGUGGAAUGAUUUGGGUAGGUUCCAAAAGUAUGCCAGCAGGUAGAGCAGGAGAGAUGGCUUCUUUCGGAUUGAAUGAUACUUUGAAACGAUUUGGAUAUCAAAUGGAUAGACUAAAAACAGGAACACCAGCGAGAGUAGACUCUAGAAGUGUACAUUAUGAAGCCAUGGAACCACAAUAUUCAGAUACGGAAGAUCAUUGGUUUAGUUUUGAUGACCGUGAAUGGAACCCAAGAGAAACCAUUCCUUGUUAUCUUACGAGAACGACGGCAAAAACGCAUCAAAUUAUUCGAGACAAUUUGCAUAAGACUCCUAAAUAUGGUGGCUUUAUGACUUCUACAGGUCCUCGAUAUUGUCCUUCUAUUGAAGAUAAGAUUGUUCGUUUUGCGGAUAAAGAAACACAUCCCAUCUUUAUUGAACCAGAAGGUCGUUCUAUUCAUGAAGUUUAUAUACAAGGCUUUUCGACAGGCAUGCCGGAAGAUAUUCAAUUGGAGAUGUUACAAAGUAUUCCAGGCUUGGAAAAUUGUAAAAUGGUUCGUCCAGCUUAUUCAGUUGACUAUGAUUAUAUUCCAGCAACUCAACUGUUCAAUACUUUACAAUCCAAAAAGAACGAAGGUCUCUUUUUAGCUGGGCAGAUUUGUGGAACUACUGGUUAUGAAGAAGCAGCAGCUCAAGGAAUUCUGGCUGGAAUCAACGCUUCCUUAUUUGUACAAAGGAAACCACUUUGUUCUUUAUCCAGAUCAAGUUCAUUUAUCGGCACCAUGAUUGAUGACCUUUGUACCAAAGAACUCAAGGAACCUUAUCGAGUAUUAACAUCUCGUUCAGAAUAUCGAUUGUUGUUAAGAGCAGAUAAUGCUGAUGAACGACUGGUUCCUUUAGGAAGAGAAUUGGGUUUAGUGGAUGACUAUUGUUGGAAGUUGUAUAAAGAAAAGUAUGAUCGCAUCAACAAGGAAUUGCAAAGGUUAUCGGAGGUUAGAGUGAAAUGCAAUGAUGGUUUAGCACUCCGAUUGGAAAUGGAAGAAGAUAUAAAGAUACAUAGCUCGAUAACUUUAUCCGAAUUGUUAAAAAGACCAGGUUUUCAUUAUAGUCACUUGAAACAAUAUGGAUUGAACAACGUGGAGUUGACCAAUUUAUUUGAAGAGGAAAGUGUGGAAACUCGAAUCAAAUAUUCGGGUUAUUUGCAACGACAAGAAGAAGAGAUUCGGAAACUAGCCAAGUCAAUGAAUACAAAUAUUCCAGUGGAUAUUGAUUAUACUCGUAUGACUGCAAUGCGUAAGGAAGCGAUUGAAAAGCUUUGUCAAUUUCGUCCUUGUACCAUAGGCCAAGCUUCCCGAUUAGGUGGAGUUAACCCAAAUGACAUUUCUAUCUUAUUGGUUUAUUUAGAACGUCAAAAAAUGAUGUCUAAUAAUAGUAAUAGUAAUAACAGCAGCAGCAAUAGUAGUAGUAGUAGUAGCGAAGAACUUAACCAUGAAGACUCUUGUAGAGAAAAAUUAUCGUCCUAUCAAAGAGCCGGUGGCCAAUAGGAAUGGAGUGGCAGUCUUCCUAAAAGAAUAUUCCUGUUGUUCUCUCACUUCUUAGGAAUGGAAUCGGAAAAGUCGUUCCAUCUACGUUUCUCUAGAGGUGUUUUGGGAGUUAGAAACAUAUCUAUCAAAUAGGAAAAAAGUGCAAAAGAAAUACAGCCUUGUAAAGCUGCACGAAAGCCGUUAUUCCACGAAAAGAAAGCACCAGACCCACAA